CCAAUGUCGGGCGCUGAGUCAGGAGAAACUGAUUCAGAUGCUUUAGAACAAGAUGAUCGAGACUUACUGUGUGAUGGCGCAAAAGAAACACGUUACGUGGGGCUUAUAGAAGAAGAGUUUAAUCAGCACGUCGGUGAGCAAGUAGAAGAACUAGCUGAAGAAAAUAAGAGCUUAAUAUGGAUAUUGGUGAAACAAGUCCGUCCAGGCAUGGAUUUAAGUAAGGUGGUUUUGCCUACUUUUAUUUUAGAACCACGUUCGUUUUUGGAUAAAUUAUCUGAUUCAUAUUAUCAUGCAGAUAAAUUGUCGAGGGCUGUCGAAGAAGAUGAUCCAUUUACACGUAUGAAAAUGAUUGUUGAAUGGUAUCUAUCAGGAUUUUAUAAGAAACCCAAAGGCUUAAAGAAGCCUUAUAAUCCUAUAUUGGGAGAAACAUUUCGUUGCUAUUGGGAGCAUCCUAACGGCAGCCGUACAUAUUAUAUAGCUGAACAGGUUUCACAUCAUCCGCCAGUGUCGGCAUUUUAUGUAACUAAUCGACAAGAUGGUUUCUGUAUUAGUUGCUCUAUAUUGGCUAAAUCAAAAUUUUAUGGUAACAGUACAUCAGCAGUACUUGAAGGUGUUGCCACACUUACACUUCUGCCACGUGGCGAAAGUUAUACGUUAACCACACCUUAUGCACACUGUAAGGGAAUUUUAAUGGGCACACUUUCAAUGGAAUUAGGUGGCAAAAUCAAUAUAGAUUGCGAGAAUACAGGAUACAAAACAGAAUUAGAAUUUAAACUUAGACCAUUCUUAGGUGGUAGCGAUCACACGAAUUUAGUUGUUGGUAAAAUAAAAUUAGGAAAAGAAACUUUAGCUUCAAUACAAGGUCAUUGGGAUUCGGAAAUAUUUAUAAAAGAUACAAAAAGUUCUGAAGAAACAUUAUUGUUUGCAGCAAAUAAGGAAACAAAAAUGAAACGCUUGGUAAGACAUGUUGUACCUUUGGAAGCGCAAUUACCUACUGAAUCAGAAAAACUAUGGCUACAUGUGUCAGAUGCUAUAAAAAGGGAAGAUCAAAUUGCCGCUACUGAAGAAAAGACGGUGCUUGAAGAAGCACAGAGAAAUGGUGCUAAAGAACGAAAAGCGAUGUUAACUAAUUGGAUACCUGCACAUUUUCAACAGGAUAUUUUAACUGGACAGUGGAUUUAUAAAUAUGCCGAUUUACGUCCCUGGGAUCCACGGAAUGACGUUAAACAAUUCGAAUGCAAUUAUAAAGUAUUAACAAAAACCCGUCACCAAGCGCCUUUGGUUCGUACUACAAGUGUUCUUAGUGGUGAUCAAAUGCAUGUUGUAGUCACUGAUUCAAUACCAAUGCCUGUAAUCACAGCACAACGUAAAGUUAGAAAUAUGAUACAAGCAGAACAAAAUGUUUCGGACUCAAGUCAAUCGAAUGAUGAAGUGGUGUUGAAUGCAGUGACAGAUAAAUCUCUUAAAAGAUUAGCAACAUCAUUGGAUCAAGUCAAUAGAACUUUAGAAGAAAAUUCCCGACAAUUAAGAAUUAUAGAGCUUAAACUUGAACGUAUGGAAUAUGCACCGCCAUUUACGACUUGGAAAAAUCCUACUGAAACGGAUGUAGCAGUUUCGAAACUUAUGCGUGGGCUACCUAGUACAGUACCGCAGUCUUCUGUAGUAAAAGCUGUUGCAUAUGGUGUGAUCAGCGUAAUAUGUUAUGUUAUUCUAAAAUGGUUUUUUAAGUAAAAAAAAAUGUCUAUAUUGCAUGAAAUUUAAUACGCUUCCAUAUGGCUUAUGAAAAAAUAGAACCCUGCCUCAAAGAUAAAUAUGCUCUCAGGUUAUUGAUUACACGGUAUAAUUCACAUUAUAAAAUACGGUUUCAUUGCUUGAUCAUUUUCAAAAUUUAUUACUGUAAUCUAUGACGGCAAACUUUAUAUCCUUUCCACUAUAGAAAGAUUUUUAGUAUUAAAUUAAAAGAGUUUGUAAAUUUCUUUGUAAAAUUAUUUAAUCUAAAAUUAUUUGCAAUAUUUUAUAUAUAAUGCACUAAAUUUGUAGACUUGCUGACAUGUAUCAUUUAAG